AUGGGUUUAACAACUGUCGUAGCCGGCGUUGCCGGUUUGGCUGCCGUCAUCACCACGUUCAGUCUCAUCACCGUCGCUUACCUUGUCAAUGAUAUCAAUAACUUUUACGACGAUGCUAUCGAAGAGCUCGCUGAUUUCAAGGAUUUGGCGAAUUCUGCUUGGCACGAGAUGAGACCGAGCCCAAUGCAGUCCCUUCGACAGCCACGUGCCGCCGUCUUCUUCCGUCAACGUCGUCAGUUCCCUCCUCAAUGCAACUGCGGACCACAAGCGGGUGCAUGUCCUGCUGGACCGCCAGGACCUCCGGGGCCUCCAGGAAUUCCGGGAGAGCGAGGACCCCCAGGUCAACCGGGUAGAAGGGGUAACGAUGGUAUCAAGGUUUCAACAUACGGAGGACCAACCGGUUGCAUCCAGUGUCCUAUGGGUCCUCCAGGUCCACCAGGUAUCGAUGGACCUCCUGGACCACCAGGAAUGGACGGCAUGCCCGGUGGCCGUGGCUACGGUGCACCACCCGGAGCACCUGGACCACCAGGACCACCUGGAGACGCUGGUAUGCCAGGAGCUCCAGGAAAUCCUGGCACACCAGGAAUGCCAGGAGCGGACGCAACUCGAUCUGCAGGUUUACCUGGACCUGCUGGAGCACCCGGACCAAUGGGUCCUCCUGGAGCACCCGGAGCAGAUGGACAAGGUGGUGGUGUUCCACCUCCAGGACCACCUGGACCACCCGGACCGCCUGGUCACCCAGGUGCUCCUGGAGUGGAUGGAAUGGCAGGCGAGCCUGGUGCACCAGGUAUACCUGGCCGUGACGGUGAGUACUGCCCAUGUCCUCCUAGAAGUGCUGUAUACCUGACUAAGAAGUCAGUAGCAGCGGUGCAAAGCUACACCGCUACUCGCAGUUCUGGAACAUCAUCGGGACUUUACAAACGUAGGGCGAUGAACACGGUCAGACGAAGUAUUAGGAGAAAUGCCUACCCUAGGAAACGCAUAGCGAAGGCUUAG